AUGUCAUAAAAUUAAUAAGGUGAUAAAGCACAAAAGGAACAAUAUUUGUCAGACCAAGUUGAGAAAGGAUUAGACGCUGAUUUAUGCGCUUAAUUUCUCGUGAGUUUGAAGCCUGAAGGCGGUGAUGACAUUGACAACUGGAGCUUGAGUGAAUUGAAGUCCGCAAUUGAAUAAUUUAAGGAAUCUUAGAAAUAAGCCGAAGAAUAGCAGCCGAAUAAUUCAGAAGAUUAGAGCAAUUUGUAAUAAGCACAACCACAAGAAUAACCUCAACAAAAUUAAUAGAUAAAUUAAUAGAGUAAUACUCCUGUACUUGUAAAUUGCUAUUAAAUCUUACCGAAUGAACUAUCGGGUGAUAAUGUGUCGGCUAAGAUAGUGACAUAUAAAAAAGAGAGCGCUGGUUUCUUCUCCUCUUCAUAUAUUGUAUUUUAGAUUGAGACACAACCUCAUGGGUGGGUUGUUUUCAGAAGAUAUUCAGAUUUUGAAUGGCUUAGAGAUUCAUUAUAGAAAUUUUAUCCAGCUUUUGUUGUUCCUCCAAUCCAUAAAAAACGAUCAAGGUCAUUUGAGGAUACUUAUUUAAACAAAAGGGUGAUUUUUAUGUAAAGAUUUCUAAACAGCAUAUUUAAAUCAUAUGAAUUAAAAAGCAAUAUAAUAGUUAAGAACUUUUUGAGCUUAACAUAAAAUAAUGAAUUUAAAAAAUUCUAAGAAAGUAUCACUAAGAGUGCUCCUCCAUAGACAGUCUAAAGGAUGUUCUCAAAGGAAGGUCAAGUGAAUUGUGUUGCUCCAGGAGAAUUACACCAAUAUGCCCAAUAGACUUAGGAUUAUUUCUAUGAAAUUGAUGGAGUCUACAAAAAGCUUAGAGUAUUAAGCAAGAGUCUUAAGGAAAUACAAUAAUAAAAUUCGCUAAAGAUAUAUUGUGUUGGAGAGAUCUUUGCUUCUUUAUUCUAGCAUUUAAAUAAGUUAAACCAAGUACUGCCAACAGGAUAAGCACAAGGGUUAGCCGCUACCUCUCGGUAUUAUAAAUAACACUAUGAUUACUUGGGGCAAUAUUAUUGGAAAAUAAAUAGAAUAAACAGAGGACAUUACAAUUCAUCCAUCAAAUAAAUAUAUGAAACCAGAGCAGUCAUAUCGCAAGACUUAGAAAAAUUCAAGUCUAAAUUACAUUAUAAGAAAGAACGAUUGUUUUAAUUAGGAGACAUUUCGAAAUGGGAUUUAAGCAAGGACAUUAAAUUAAGUCCACAAGAAUUACAAUAAAAUAAAAAGUUGGCAUUCCAAUAUAUGUGUGAUUAAGAAACUAAACAAGAAAUGGGGAUGGAAAUGUUGGUGGGAUAUUAUACAAAUUAAAUAUUUUCGUAAACUCAGUAAUUUUUCAAGUAGCAAUAACAAGAAUUAGUUGGUCAUUUUAUUAAAUUCUGUCAAGUGUAGGCGUUCAAUAUCACAGAUCAUCAUUAAUUAUGGGCUGAUGCAAUAACGAAUCUCUAAAACAAUUUGUUAACUCAAAAGCGGUAGACAUAAUAAGUAGUUAUAGAAAGUGUUGGUUGAUAAAUUGAGAGAAUUUAUUAAAUAAUAUUACAUUUA